UGUAUAUACGUCUCUCUCUCUCCUUUCUCUCCAUCGACAUCUCACACAAACACACGAGCAACCACCUCACACGAGCAACAACCAGCGACCACCACCAGCCACUGCCCCUCCGAUGAUGUUAGUUACACGAGCACCAAUCGAUUGAUUCCGAGCUUGGCAUUUGAUUCUAAUUCCGAGCCUUGGAUUAAUUCGGUUAGAGCCUUGGAUUGCAUCCCUUAUUCGAAUAAUUCAGUUUCUCCUCUCUCAUCUCUCUUUGAUUUUGAUUUGAUUUCUAGAGUUUUGAUUUUGAUUUCUAGAGUUUUGAUUUUGAUUUCUAGAGUUUUGAUUUUGAUUUCUAGGGUUUUGAUUUUGAUUUGAUUUCUAUUCAAUGAACCUAAAAUUUUCUCCCUUGCAAUUUCAUUUCAACUUUAUGAUCUCAAGCAGCAGGGAUUCAUAGAGAGACAAGAGCUUAUGAGGGAAGCUGAGAUGAAUGGCUUUGUAAAUGCACUUGGGGUAUUCCUGCAAUCUGUAUCAUCAAAGAGAAAGAAUGGAACAGCAAGAGUUGAGUAUCCAUGCUUCAGUUGUGCGUUCAUGAAAUGGAGAGAGAUGGGAUAGUUUUUACUAGAGCGUAGAGUUGGGAUGAUCAACAAUACUAUAGGACAGUAAUGUGCGUGAAUUUCAUGUUUGCAGGAAAUAAUAGAUAUGAAGUUGCAACCAUAGUUGGAAUUGUAGUGGCUUUAAAUAUUACACUCAGGUUUAAAUCAUACUGGUUUAAAUCUUGAAGUUGUCAACUGGCAAGAUGAGUGGAGAGAGUUCAAAAAAAGUUGAGAAAAGAAUUAGGAAAGAGCGUGAAGCUAUAAUUGCUGCGACAAUGGAUGAAAGAAGAAAUGCAUCAUUCAGAAUUUUAGAUGAGUGUUCUACUUCUACACAUGUUGAAUCACAUGAUAUGAAAGGAGUUGUAGACUGCACUCAAGUACCAAAGAAGAAAACUAGGGGGGGCAUCAAAGUUAAAGGUGCAUGAAAAAGGAAAACAGAAGUGAUGAAAUUGACUUCAAUGAAAGGAAUCAGCCUGUGGGACCUAAGUCAGUUAAACUAUGGACUUUAGAAGGGAUCUUGGCACGAGAGAUGGUGCCAAUAACCACAGAGAGAUGGCCUGAUAUUCCAGAAGAGGUUAAAGACAAGCUAAAAACUGGCAUAUGUACCCAAGACAUUAUGUACUUAUGCAUAUGUAUUUAUUUUAUGGAGGAUCCUAUUGCAAAACGGUCACCGGCAUCACCACAAAGAAAUGUUCUUGAAAAUAAGGAUGUUGCAAUGGCAAAUGAUGCCCUCCAAACUGUAGUCAAGGAAAGCGGAAUGAAAGAAUCUGCAGUCUCAGAGUUACAGAAAAGGUUAGAAAUUUCCUUCUCGCUUUCUAGCCCCGAGACUCAAAUCAUAGACGAAUUGGAAGACACAGAAUUUCUUGAACUAGCAUCACGGUUGGUUGGAGAAAAUGUUGCUGGCAAUGAGCAGAUUUCACAUAGUCAGGCAGCUGAGGCAGUUCGUGACCAUUGGCGAAAAUCCACUCCACAAUCAAUUCAACUGAAGGAGCUCAGCCCCCUACUUCGUGACUACCAACGCUUGAUUGCACGCCAUCAUAUGGAGCACUCGAACAUUGUUCUUGUCCACUACCGCGAAGUAAAGGUUACAAAUUUAUUCUAUUAUUUCUUUGUUUCUUCAUUGAAGAAAUUCACAAUUGAUAAUUUGUAUACCGUAUCAGAUGAUUCUUGAGCCAAUAUAUAUUAUACAUAAUGCUGGCUAUUUUAGAAUAACAUCGCUUUCUAGCUUUCCCACCUCUUUUGUUUCAAGGUUUCUUGUGUGUAUAUAACUUCCACGUAUUGGAAUCUUGCUACAAAAUAUAGUCUAAUGUGUUUUGUUGCCCAA